UCAUUAGCUUGCAAAGUAGUCUGAGGCUGACAUGCUGAUAGUUAAACAACAACAGCAAUAAACUCCACCAGCUCUCGCAGGGAAAUGGUUCCUUAAAAGAGCAGCCACCAAGAAUGAGCAUUCCAUUUAAAAACAUUUAAAAUAAAAUAUAUAAAACCAUAUAUUUCCUCUAUAUCAGAGCGGCUCGGAGCUCCACCCAACUCCAAGGCAACAGAGAUCCUGAGUAAUCACAUCUGAAUUUCCUGGAAAGGAAACACGCCCAUUUGCUGACGUAAAAGAGAGAAAACGAAACCAGCUCCCUCUUCCUGGUGACUCCGCCAUGGCUGCAACUCGGGGUCCCGUCCAGGAUCUCUGCGAGGAAGCCACUUGCUCCAUUUGCCUGGAGUAUUUCAGGGAUCCAGUGAUCAUUCAUGAAUGCGGGCACAACUUCUGCCGAGCCUGCCUGAUCCAGUGCUGGGGGAAAUCCGAGGGAGAGGCUUCCUGCCCUCAGUGCAGGGAAACAGUGGAGCAAAGCAGCAUCACGAGAAACCAGCAGCUGGCAAAUUUUGUAGAAAUAAUUAAGAAAUUCAGCCAUCCUCAGGGGAAAGAGGAGGGAGAAGGAAAAGGAAGGGUCUGCGAGAAGCACCAGGAGCCCCUGAAGCUCUUCUGCAAGGAGGACGAAAGCCCCAUCUGUGUGGUGUGUGACAGAUCCAAGGAGCACAAAAGCCACGAGGUGAUUCCUCUGGAGGAGGCGUCCCAGGAGUACAAGGAUCAGAUCAGCUCCUGCCUAGACAAUGUGAGGAAGGAGAGAGAGAAAAUUCUAGUAUUUAAAGCAGACACAGAAAAGGAAAUCCAGGACCUGCUUAAACAAACAGGUGCAGAGAGGGAAAAGAUGGUGGCUGAGUUCAGGCGACUGCACCAGUUUCUGGAAGAACAGGAGAAACGUAUUCUGGCCCAGAUGGCAGAAGUGGAGAAGGAGAUUGCAGCCCAAAGGGAGGAGCACCUGGCCAGACUCUCCAGGGAACUCUCCUCUCUUGACAGCCUCAUCCGGGAGAUGGAGGAGAAGCUUCAGGAACCAGCGAGUGAACUCCUGCAGGAUAUUGGAAGCUUCUUGCAGAGGUCUCAGGAGAAGGAGAACUUAGAGGAUCCUGCUGUGGCUUUUCCUCCUGCCCUGAAGUGGAGGAUCUGGGACUUCAGAGAUAUAAAUCCCUUCCUGGAGGGAGUCAUGAAGAAAUUCAGAGACACUGUGGAAUAUGGACUUCAGCUGCGAAAAGAAAAUGUAACUUUGGAUCCAGACACAGCACAUCCCCUCCUCAUCCUGUCUGAGGAUCAAAUGAGUGUGAGUUGGGGAAAAGUGUGUCAAGACCUGCCAAAAGACCCUGGGAGAUUUGACACAUGGCCCUAUGUGAUGGGAUGUGAGGGUUUCACAGCAGGCAGACAUUUCUGGGAGAUUUCUGUGGGGAGCGAGUGGGAAUGGGCCGUGGGGGUGGCCAGAGAGUCUGUGAAGAGGAAAGGCGAGCUCACUGCUGGCCCUGAGGAAGGGAUCUGGCGCAUAGGGAAGUGGGGUGAUCAAUACAGGGUCUCCAGCCGCAAUGGGCCCCCUGUUUCGAUUCUGGGUCGGGAGCCCAAGAGGAUCCGAGUGGCCCUGAACUGUGAAGGGGGACGGGUGUCCUUUUACGAUGCUGAUACAGCAGCCCUCCUCUACUCAUUCUCAGAAGCCUCCUUCUCAGGAGAGACUCUCCAGCCCUUCUUUUACGUGAGGAAGGGAACCUGAGACUCUCUUGACUGAGGGUGGAGACAGGCAAGCGUAUAUUCAUGGUCAUCAUGACACAUUCAGUCUCCUCUUCAGGACUGAGCUGACAGGCACUUAAGGAGAAACCACAUUUGCCUAACUGUGAUUGGUCAUCCCUUAUGUCAGUCAUGAUGCAACUCUCCCUUCCCAGGCCAGCUUGGCAAAUGACACUGAUUGAUUGGGUCCCCUGUCAGUCCCCAAACUUGCCUCUCUCCCUUGGGAAUCAGCUACUUCUGUCGGUGCAGGAGGUGCAAAGAAGCAAGAAAAUGAUUUAGGAAACAACAGCACCCCCUUCCCACAUUUCUGUUUCGAUAUAGUUCUCUCUCUAUCUCCAACUCUGACUUAAAAUUUCUAGAGACAAUACCAUCAUCUCUUCUGAAUACAAUCAGAAUUAUGCAAGGGCAUCACUUAAAACCUUCCUCAGCCUCAAUCCUGCUCUCAGAUUCCCUUUUCCUCCCCCAAAACCUUCACUAGACAUGGAGAUGGAAGUCCCAAAGCCCCCUUUUUGAGACUACUGAGGGAAGCUUAUGUGGUAAUUCAGCAAAAUAUCCAUAUCCAAAGAGACCUGUUUGCGAGUGGAGUACAGUCGGCCCAAAAUUCAUGCACAACUUACAUGAUCGCAGCUUAGAACCCUUCAUUGAACCACAAAUUAAUAAAUAGAA